CGGGGUUAAAGGUGUGAACGUGGGAUUGUUAAUCUUUCUGAACACGGUCUCCUUCACUGAAUGUUUCCAUUAGUGUCAUUGCUCUUUGUAUUUCUACAUCCAUUUGAUGAGUCAGAACUAGAAGAGCACAGGUGAAACCAUCUCAUUAAAUAGGGAAACGGUCCGUCCGCUAGAAGUAGUCAUAAAUGAUGUUGUGUUCUGAUUAAUGACCCGGAUAAAGAAAAGUUCCACUGAGAUGACAUGCAACAGGUUUUAUGAGCUGUUUAUGAGUAUUUCAAAGGGGUCAGAAUUCCCUCUAAUAUGAAUUUGUUGUAAAACAUUUAGCGACCAACCAAACGGAGACUUCAUCCAUGUAAUUAACAACGUUGACUCAAAUGAAGCGUUCAUUUAAAGCUCAUUUAAAGCUUCCCAAAGGUAAGACUCUAUUGGAACGAGGCUGCUCCUCUAGCGGUGAUCAAGGGUCAGGACGCUGGUGGGCGGGGCUUGUGGACAGAACAACAAUAAUUAUAUUGUCACGGGUUGAGAUCGUCUGGAGGAGCAACAACUCCUGCAAAACGCGUGGAUGGUGUUUUGGUUGGGGGAGGAGGGGGGGGGGGGAGUCUGAUGCCGUCCCCUCACCUGCAUUGCAGUGCUGGGCUGCAUCAUCCAAUCAGGAGCCAGCUGUCAGGGAAGGGGGCGGGCCCAACGGCUGACGACAGCCAAGGAGAGUUCUCGGUCAGAUGUAGAGAGAAAAGAGAGAGAGAGUGUUGGAGAAGUGAGCGAGCUCCAGGUCUCAGUGUUCAGCCUGCAGCCCCACAUGUCUCUCCUCCUCCUCCCUCUCCUCUCUGCACCAGUCUUCCCACCCACCUCCUCCUCCUCUUUCAUCUCUGAUCUUCAGUUGUCAGCGCUGAUUACUCUCUCCUCCUCUUAUUCCUCCUUCACUCUUCACCUCCCAUCCUCUCCUUCACCUCCGUUUGGUCCGGCGGAUGGAGUGAGAAGGUUUUCUUUUACAUCUUCUCUCUCUUGUCCUGCUCCCUCAAUCACGUCCCAUGGGCAUCCGUGCAUCUGCCAGGUUGUCUUGAGAGCUCCAGGUGUUCAGAAGUCCUGCUGGUUGUCAGAGGGCAUUGAGCGGCCGGUCCGAUGGCCGGGUUCCGCAGUGAGGACGGACGCUCGUGACAGACCAGAACCUCACGGCCGUCGGGGCGCCUCUCAGCCGGGCCAGGCGGACUCUCCGGUGCCGGAGCAGGACGAGGAGAUCCUGGGCUCCGAUGACGACGAGCAGGAGGACCCCAACGACUACUGCAGGGGUGGAUACCACCACGUGAAGAUCGGAGAUCUGUUCCACGGGAGAUACCAUGUGAUCCGGAAGCUGGGCUGGGGGCACUUCUCCACCGUGUGGCUGGCCUGGGACAUCCAGGAGAAGCGCUUCGUGGCCAUGAAGGUGGUGAAGAGCGCUGAACAUUACACGGAGACGGCUCUGGACGAGAUCAAGCUGCUCAAAUCUGUGAGGAACACGGACCCCAGUGACCCCAGCAGAGAGAAGGUGGUGCAGCUUCUGGACGACUUCAAGAUCUCCGGAAUGAACGGAACUCACGUGUGCAUGGUGUUCGAGGUUCUGGGUUAUCACCUCCUGAAGUGGAUCAUCAAGUCCAACUACCAGGGUCUGCCCCUCCCCUGCGUGAAGAGCAUCAUACAACAGGUCCUCCAGGGGUUGGACUACCUCCACACAAAGUGUAAGAUCAUCCACACGGACAUCAAGCCGGAGAACAUCCUGCUGACCGUCAACGAGCCCUACGUCAAGAAGAUGGCCGCCGAAGCCACCCAGUGGCAGAAGACUGGCGCUGCGCCUCCCUCUGGCUCUGCAGUGAGCACAGCGCCGGCUCCCAAACCAGUGGCCAAGAUGUCCAAGAACAAAAAGAAGAAGCUGAGGAAGAAGCAGAAGAAGCAGGCGGAGAUGCUGGAGAAGAGGAUCCAGGAGAUGGAGGGAGGAGGGGAAGGGGAGGAGGAGGAGGAUGAGGAAGAUGAGGAGACGACGACGACAGAAACCGCCGAGGACGCGACCUCGCCGGCCGCGCCGCAGGACCGCCACAUGGAGGCCGAGGAGCGAGGGGAGGGCGGCGCCCUGAACGGCGUGGAGGCGAAAUGCAACGGCCACGCCGCCAGGCCGGAGGUACGGGGGACCACGGAGGAGCAGGAGGAGGAGCAGAAAGAGGAGGAGGAGGAGGAGGAGGAGGAGGAGAAGGAGAAGCAGCAACGCAAGGCCAACCCACCAGAGACCCGGGACCCCCUGAGUCACAUGGAAGACCACCAGACCUGUAACGGCACACCGGGGGAUGCAGACCUGCUCCCAGACCCGGUCCCUGAGGAGGAGGAGGAGAAAAAGGAGGAAGAGGAGGAGAAGAAGGAGGAGAUGGACACACAAGGGGAGACCAAAAGAGGAGAAGAGGAGGAUGAAGAUGGAGCAUCAGGCAACAUGCUGGUGAACCCUCUGGAGCCUCUGAACGCCGACAAGCUGCAGGUGAAGAUCGCUGACCUGGGCAACGCCUGCUGGGUGAACAAACAUUUCACGGACGACAUCCAGACGCGUCAGUACCGUUCUCUGGAGGUUCUGACGGGGACCGGCUACAGCACCCCGGCAGACAUCUGGAGCACCGCCUGCAUGGCCUUCGAGCUCGCCACCGGGGAUUACCUGUUUGAGCCCCACUCUGGAGAAGACUACUCCAGGGAUGAAGAUCACAUAGCGCUGAUCAUCGAGCUGCUGGGGAAAGUUCCUCGGAAGCUGAUCUUGGCAGGAAAAUACUCUAAAGAGUUCUUCACCAAGAAAGGCGACCUCCGUCACAUCACCAAGCUGAAGCCGUGGGGCCUGAUGGACGUGUUGAUGGAGAAGUACGAGUGGUCCAAGGAGGAGGCGCACACCUUCAGCACCUUCCUGCUGCCCAUGCUGGACCUGGUGCCCGAGCGCCGCGCCACGGCGGCCCAGUGCCUCACCCACGCCUGGCUCACCUGCUAGAGGUCACCUGGAGAGGUCACCUUCACCUCACGAGGGUGAAGGGGAGUGUCUGCAGGACCCUGAGGCCGCUCCUCUUCAUCAACACAGUAACAGACUGUUGGAUCUCACUGGAGAUGAACUGGUGGUCUUCUGGCUGCACGGGACGCGUCGGCCUCUCGACCUCUCGGCCUCUCGGCCUCUCGGCCUCUCGACCUCUCCUCUGACUCCAGCUCGUUCUCUGCAGCACAUUAUUGUAUUUUUAGCUCUAGAUGACUGAAGGUCAGAUUAAAGGACGUCGACAGGGGGAAGACACGCGGAUGAUUGCAUCAUGAAGCUCCUCAUGAUCUCCUCAUGAUCUCCUCAUGAAGCUCCUCCUCAUGAUCUCCUCCUCAUGAUCUCCUCAUGAAGCUCCUCCUCAUGAUCUCCUCCUCGUGGGCAACGAGCUCCUCAGUGAGAUGAUAAACGUUAAGUUAGCUUCAUCAAAGCUUUUGUACAUUUGUGAAGCGGCACCACGACAUCCCACUCUGUUCUCUAAGAAGCACUUCAACACGAUGAAGAGCAUCCUCUUCAUCACAUGAACAGCCAGACGAGCUUCCAGCUGUUCUUCACACCUCUGGACCUGGAGGACCUCGAGGUCUGGAGGACCAGGAGGACCUCGAGGUCUGGAGGACCAGGAGGACCUCGAGGUCUGGAGGACCAGGAGGACCUCGAGGUCUGGAGGACCAGGAGGACCUCGAGGUCUGGAGGACCAGGAGGACCUCGAGGUCUGAGGGUCUGGAGGUCUGGACAUCGCUGUCGUUCCUCUUUUCUCUCUUUUCUACUUCGUCGCUUCAUUUGAAAAGUUGUUUUCUGUAGCUCAUAAAAAUAAACAUUUUUCCAAAUUUGA